AUGAACCUCGGGUUGGUUGAUGAGCAAAUGAGUCGAUCGGAUCGAAUAGAAAACGAUCGAAUUAAUCAACAACUGACAGACGACGAGUGGUUUCUUAUCGCCUAUUUGAUGGUAUUAGCGGUUGGUAGCAAUAAGCGUAAAAUGAGUUGUGGUAAUAACAGUAGUAGUAGUUGGGAGUGUCUAGAUGAAAUCGUAGAAGCGAUAUAG